AUGGGAGAAGGAGUGAGCAUGGACAACCUUUCGGAGUUUGGAGGCCUUUGUCCGUCCAGCCGGAGGGAAUGGGACACAAGCAGUUGUGUGGAUGAUUUAAUGGACGAAGAUGAGAAGGACAGAGCAAAAAGGGCGUCCCGGAACAAAUCGGAGAAGAAGAGGCGAGACCAGUUCAAUGUUCUCAUUAAGGAGCUGUGUACAAUGCUGCAGGGUCAAGGUCACCCCCGCAAGAUGGACAAAUCCACCAUCCUGCAGAGGACCAUCGACUUCCUGCAAAAACAGAAAGAGAUCACGGCACAAACAGAGUCUUGUGAGGUCCGGCAGGACUGGAAGCCUUCUUUCCUCAGCAACGAGGAGUUCACCCAGUUAAUGCUGGAGGCGUUGGAUGGUUUUCUAAUAGCUCUUACCACAGAUGGGAACAUCAUAUAUGUAUCUGACAGCGUCUCGUCUCUCAUUGGCCAUCUGCCGUCAGAUAUGGUGGACCAGAACAUCCUGAACUUCCUGCCAGAGCGAGAGCACGCAGAUGUGUAUAAACUCCUGUCUUCACACAUGCUUCUGACUGAGUCUUCUACUGUAGACCUGCUCAACAGCAAUGAGACACACGUCGAGUUCUGCUGUCAUAUAGCGAGGGGAAACAUUGACCCGAAAGAACCGCCUACGUACGAAUAUGUCAAAUUUGUUGGAGAUUUCAAGUUUCAUAAUAAUGUGCCUCUGUCUUCAUGUAAUGGUUAUGAUCUGGCGUUUCCUCGCACGCUGCAGUCCUCAAUAGAGGAGCAGGUCUGCCUCGUGGCCACAGUCAGACUCGCAACCCCUCAGUUCCUCAAGGAUCUUUGCAACGUGGAGGAUGUGUGUGAUGAAUUCACAUCAAGACACAGUCUGGAAUGGAAAUUUCUCUUCUUAGAUCACAGGGCCUCUCCUAUCAUCGGGUACCUGCCGUUUGAGGUUUUGGGGACCUCGGGUUAUGAUUACUACCAUGUGGACGACCUGGAGCUGAUUGCUCAAUGUCAUAAACAAUUGAUGCAGUGUGGGAAAGGAAAGUCUUGUUACUAUCGGUUCCUGACUAAAGGACAGCAGUGGAUCUGGCUGCAGACGCACUAUUACAUCACGUACCACCAGUGGAACUCCAAACCUGAGUUCAUCGUCUGCACACACAGCGUGGUCAGUUAUGCUGAAGUUCGAGCGGAGAGAAGGAGAGAGUUUGGAUUGGAGGAGAGCUCAUCUGAUAUGGCCACAUCCUCAAUCAAAGGCCAGGAGGUGUUUUUGGACAUGUGUCCUCCUCUGGAAGCUACACGGGACAGAAUCAACAGCGCUCGAUCAGUGUCAUCACAGAGCUCCAGAAAAUCAUCACACACAGCGCUCUCCGACUCCGCAUCGAACUCCUCAGUGAGAUACACAGAAGCAUGUACGUCAUCCCGGCAGUCUGCUUCCAUCGGCCCUGAGAAGAGCUCCAACAGAAUGACACACACUGGAACAAAGACCCUGAUUCAGAGACAGAGCUCUUCAGAGCCCCCGUCACUCUCUCCGUCCUGCAGUCAGCAUUCAGCCAUGACUCAGUCCCUGUACAGCUUCCAGCAGCCUCAGUUAGGUGUCAUGCAUCAGCUAAAGGAGCAGCUGGAGGAGCGAACGCGGAUCCUACAGGCCGACAUCAAAACACAACAGCAAGAGCUGCACGACAUUAAAGAGAAGCUGCAGCUCGCCAACCUACAGAUGUUACUCCAGCAGCCGAUACAGGGAGAGUUUGCUGGUUCUGGUCCACAGCAGCAGGGUCCAGGCAGGCCGGCUCAACAAAACACACACCCUAAACCUCAACACUGUGUUUCACAUUCAUCACACACACUACAACCCAACAGCUCAUCCACUCAGGGGCAGCAGAGGCUGGUUCAGGCUGGACACAUGCAGGCCGUCAGUGUUCCAAUGCAGACACACACCAGUCUGACCACACCCUUCUACAGCAACCCCAUGAUGUUCUCCCCCAACCACGGACACCGAAGCCAACAUGACACACACUGCCAAAGAAACACACACGCCGACUACAGCCAGGACGGACAGCUACGGAUGCUGCUAAACCAGCCAAUGCAAACACUUGUACAAGACAGCAAUGGGGGGCCCCAGUCUUCCCAAUGCACCUCAACUAUUCAACAAACCAAAUAUCCUCUGGAGCAGCAGAUGAUGGCUCCUUCCUUCCCUGUGCAGCAGGUGAACUGUAACGCUGUGCUAGUCCCCUCCCCCGUCUUCACCUCACCAAUCAUGAUCCCCCAUAAUAGUUUCAUCACCCAUCAGACCACCCCCACCUACACGACUCACCCGCCGGUUGCCCCACACAGCUUACCACUACAGCAGCCUCAGCAGUUCUUUCAGAUGCAGCCUCAGGGUCUGAUUCACGGCACUCCCACUCAGGCCUUAUUCCACACCCCUAGUGUUCCACAGCAAAGCACUGUGGGAUACGUACAGCCACAACAGCAGCAGCAGCAACAGCAGCAUCAUCAUCACUCCCAGUCUGGCAACCUGUCGGACUACAGAAACAUGCUCCCUCGGUAG